CAAUUCAUGGGUGGAAGAACAGGAAUUCAGCGAUUUAGCCACGAUGAUGAUAACCGAAAGCAAAACGAUUGGUUUUUUUCUCUCUGUUUCCGGUUUAGGUUCUUCUCAUUCUGAAUGGGAUCUCAACCCUGGUGGAUUGCUCGCAAGCGUAGGUCAAAUGGGAAUGGGGUUUGGUGCACCAAACCGUACACCUUCUCCCUCUUCUGAUUCCCAAGGAAGCAACAAUGGAGUCAGAAUCCCCUGCACUGAGUUGUAUGUGAAGUACGUGCAUUCAGAAGGGAAAGUGAAGAUUGUUUCUGAAUCGGAGGAGUUAGUUAUGGAGGAAGAGGAAGGUGUUAAGGGGAAGAAGAAAAAGGCUGGGUUUUUUGUGGUUAAGAUGAAGGUUAAGGUGAAGAGCCCUUCGCUGAGGAGGUUGAUUAGUGGUGCAUUCGCGGGUGCAAUUUCGCGAACUUGCGUGGCGCCAUUGGAGACAAUAAGAACUCAUUUGAUGGUUGGGAGUAGUGGCCAUUCAACAGGUGAGGUGUUUCAGAAUAUCAUGAAGACUGAUGGCUGGAAGGGAUUGUUCAGGGGUAAUUUUGUCAAUGUCAUCAGGGUUGCUCCUAGCAAGGCUAUUGAGGUAAUAAAUAUAUUAUGCAUUUUCAAUGCUUUUUGUCGUAUGUAG